GUGCUAAAGCCCCAGCGGAGGAGCCGCGGAGCUGAGGUUCAGGGCUGCCCCGGCGCGGUGCGCUCUCCACGCCGCUCGUCUUCCAGCUGCGACCUGGACCCGGUCCCUGCCGGAUGCACCAGAAAGGUUUAAGCCUUAACUUAUAAAGAAAAUGGCAGAAGCAUCAGAGCAGCCUUCUGGACAUCUUGUUGUCCACUCAGACACUCACAGUGACUCCAUCCUGGCCAGUUUUGAGGAUCAGAGGAAGAAGGGCUUUCUGUGUGACAUCACUUUAAUCGUGGAGAAUGUGCAUUUCCGGGCCCACAAAGCCUUACUUGCUGCCAGUAGUGAAUACUUCUCAAUGAUGUUUGCUGAAGAGGGGGAGAUCGGCCAGUCCAUUUAUAUGCUGGAAGGCAUGGUUGCUGACACGUUUAGUAUGCUACUGGAAUUCAUCUAUACAGGUUAUCUUCAUGCUAGUGAGAAAACUACAGAACAAAUCCUGGCAACUGCUCGGUUCUUAAAAGUCUAUGACCUGGUAAAGGCUUACACAGACUUUCAGAAUAACGAUAGCUCCUCAAAGCCAGCGACUUUGAACACUGCCGGUGCUCCAGUGGUUGUUAUUUCUAAUAAGAAAAAUGAUCCUCCCAAGCGGAAACGGGGCAGACCAAGAAAAGUCAACAGUUUGCAGGAGGGAAAAUCAGGACUGGCUGCAGAGGAGGAAAUACAGCUAAGAGUGAACAAUUCUGUUCAAAAUAGACAAAAUUUUAUAUCUAAAGAAGGAGACAGUGGUAUACUGAACCAACAGAUUCUAGCAAAAGAAAUGGAAGAAUCUCAGCCAACUUGUGAGUCAGGUGGAGUGGAAGUAAUGCCAGCUGAAAAAGAUGAGAACUGUGAUCCCAAGACCCAGGAUGGGCAGGACAACCAGAGUCGGUACAGCAAGCGGAGAAUUCGGAGAUCUGUCAAACUUAGAGAUUACAAACUUGUUGGGGAUGAAGAUGACCAAGGUUCUGCCAAAAACGUCUGUGGAAACACUGGAAGGAGAAAACACCCUGGCCCAGAGGCCCGCUGUAAAGACUGUGGCAAAGUCUUUAAGUACAAUCACUUUUUAGCAAUCCACCAGAGGAGUCACACUGGGGAGCGACCUUUCAAAUGUAAUGAGUGUGGAAAAGGUUUUGCCCAGAAGCACUCCCUGCAGGUCCACACCAGGAUGCACACCGGCGAGCGGCCGUACACCUGCACUGUGUGUAGCAAAGCUCUGACCACCAAACACUCGCUGCUGGAGCACAUGAGCCUUCAUUCAGGACAGAAGUCCUUUACCUGUGAUCAAUGUGGAAAGUAUUUCAGCCAGAAAAGACAACUAAAGAGCCAUUACCGAGUCCAUACAGGCCACUCAUUACCGGAAUGUAACCACUGCCAUCGCAAAUUCAUGGAUGUGUCUCAGCUAAAGAAACAUCUACGAACACACACAGGUGAGAAGCCAUUUACUUGUGAAAUCUGUGGCAAAUCUUUCACAGCAAAGAGUUCUCUUCAGACCCACAUCAGAAUCCAUCGAGGAGAAAAGCCAUACUCCUGUGGUAUAUGUGGCAAAUCCUUCUCUGACUCCAGUGCCAAGAGGAGACACUGCAUUCUACACACGGGCAAAAAACCUUUCUCCUGCCCGGAGUGUAAUUUACAGUUUGCUCGCUUAGACAACUUGAAGGCUCACUUGAAAAUCCAUAGCAAAGAGAAACAUGUGGCAGACACCAGCAGCGUUUCCAGCAAUAAUAAUUCUGAAGAGGUCAGGAAUAUUCUCCAGCUGCAGCCAUAUCAACUCUCUACCUCCGGAGAGCAAGAAAUUCAGCUUCUUGUAACUGACUCUGUACAUAACAUCAAUUUCAUGAAUGGCCCUAGCCAGGGAAUCAGCAUUGUCACAGCUGAGAGUUCCCAGAGCAUGACCACAGAUCAGGCUGCUAAUCUCACCCUGCUCACGCAGCAGCCAGAGCAGCUGCAGAAUUUAAUUCUUUCAGCGCAGCAGGAGCAAACCGAACACAUUCAGAGCCUCAGUAUGAUUGAAAGCCAGAUGGAACCCUCCCAGGCAGAGCCGGUGCAUGUAAUCACACUCUCCAAGGAAACCCUGGAACAUCUUCACGCCCAUCAAGAGCAAAGAGGGGAGCUCCGUUUAGCUGCAAGUACUUCAGAUCCAGCUCAGCACCUGCAGCUGACACAGGAACCUGGUCCGCCACCAUCCACCUCAGCCCACGCCACUUAACAGGAGCAGAGCUGACCUGUAAACAUGUUUGACUCCUCUCUCGGUCUCUACUCUAGAAGCCAGCCUUAUCUGGAUUGUAAACACUUGAAGUCAAUUUUUCUGAAAUGCCGACUUACAGAUGCUUGCAGAGAUGUGAUAGCUAGCUGAUGUUUGUAAUGCUUUCCAGGCAGGAAGAUGUGCAUAUCGUGUGUUACAAUAAUACUGACUUGGCUUUAGCAUUUCAGUUUUAAUGAAUGGUUUUCAUUUUCAUCUACUAUGUCUCUUAAAGACUGGGGCUGUUUUUCCUUGGGACAUUUAUUUAGACUUUUCCGUAGGUAUUGAUGUUUGCAGCCAAAGUUUAUGGUCUUGCUGGUGUUUCCUGUUAUACAUUUUUAUUUUUUAGAGCAAAGGAAGUCAUAUGUUGGUUGAAUUGGGUCAAGUGUUUGCUCCACUUCCUCAGUUGCCCCUGCAAGAUGACUACAGCCCACUCAGGGCUGCAUAUGACAUAACAUGUUUGGAGAAUUUGUUCAUUUAAUGCUUCUAGUCCCCUAAGAAAGAGUAACUGUCUCUCAACAUUUAAUCUUUUGUAUGCUACAGUGGCCUCUUCGUGUCAUGCUUAAGGUAGACUCAAAGACAUAUAUAAACUAAGUGUCUAUUUUACUCAGUUUGUGUAACAAGAAAGCCAAAAGUAUAGGAUUUUUUUUUUUUUUUUAAUUCUGAACUCACUUUUUCUUAGAAACAUGGACUUAAAUUUUAAUGAAAACAUCUAGAUUGGCUCAAGACACCCCAAAUAAAUUAUAAACAAAGCGAAGAUGUUUGAUCUUCAUGAUGAAGUUAAAGCUUUCUUAAUUAUCUUACAAAGAUAUAAUUUUAUUCAGUAUAAUUUAAGUGUUAAAUGUACUCUACUGAAUUCUAAUUAAUCUCUAAAUAUAUUGAUCUGUGUAUUGUGUCUGAUAAUUUUCAGGAGAUGGAAACUUAUUGUAACUGAAUUUUAUUGCAAACGAGGGUAAAUCCCACAAAAUGGAGAAGUUAUUUUUUUUAAAUUGUGCUUCAAGUGAAAGUUUACAGUUAGUUUCUCGUACAAAAAUUUAUACACACACCAUUGUUAAUGUGACCCUAGUUGUUCUUCCUAUAA